AUGAUCCUUCGGCAGAAGGAGGCAGCCACGGCGGCGAAGGUGGCGGAGACACGUGAGGAGGAGAUGGAGAAGGAGGCGGCGGCAAAGCAGAUGCUGCAUGAGUUGACAAAUGUGCUGACAACACCGUUUAAGAGGAUGGAGGCGGAGCUGGUGCACGAAUGGGACAUUGACGAGGAUUUGCUGCGGAUGAAGGAGAAGGAGGUGGAGUCGCUCCUGCAGAAACUCCGCGGGUACAAUGAAGGCUGUGGCCAGCAGGUGCGGUCAACGACUGCGUACGCGACCGUUGGCAAGCGUGGAAGAGGUGAAUAA